UUCACUCUGAGAGCAGGAUUAAUCCUUCCCUGCAAGGCAUGCCCUUUCCAUGCAGCCCCACGCCUGGCUGUGGCCCCUGAGAGCAGGAUGUGGUGUGUAAGAAGUGCUUACAGAUUGCACCUACCAGGGGUCAGGGGGCCAUUAUUUGAGGUGGGAUGGGGACAUCUGUUCCAAGGGCAGAGCUUUGUUAGUACCCCAGAUCCCCCUGGGGACCAUGCACCCCCUCAUGGGACAGAUAAUAUGAAGAUCAGCACACAGAGGGCUGAUAAUGAGACCCCCAGAUUUCCUGGGCUCCCCGCCAGGAUUUGGAGGCGAUCUCUGUCCCCUUUAGACAGGGUCAGCCACAUGGUCUCCCCUGAGUUCAUCUCUCCAGAAAUCCAGGCUCUGAGGAGUGCAGGUGUGAACCAGGAGGACAUGCAGAUUGGGCACAGUGCCACCCUUAAUUCAGGGGAACCCCCUGACACCCCUGGACAGGACAGUGAUCUUCAGCCAUCACUGGACAAUGAGCCUGAGUGGUUAGAUCCCCAAGGUGCCCCCUUUAAAUCUGGGGACCUUAUUGUAUCUGAGUUCAAGAAAAGACACUACACUGAAUUUAAGAAAAUGUUCCUCCUAAAACCCUCUGGAAAACUGACAAGCAACUGGGGUGCCAUAAGCCAUGCUGAUAUAGAGGGCAAGCUGCCAGGACAGAAAUUCAGGACUUCAACAGGUUUUGAAUUGCUUCUGAAAAGACCUACUUUAGAUGAAUAUGUCACAAUGAUGAAGAGGGGACCCACUAUCUCCUACCCAAAGGAUAUUGCAGCCAUGCUCAUGAUGAUGGAUAUUAACCCUGGAGAUACCGUACUGGAAGCCGGUUCAGGUUCUGGAGGAAUGAGUCUAUUCUUAUCACGUGCAGUGGGUUCAGAGGGACGUGUGUACAGUUUUGAUGUCCGAGCAGACCACCAGGCGAUCGCAAAGAACAAUUUCCAGAGGUGGAUGAACGCUUGGACGAAUCGGUGCCGGAAACCAUGGCCAGAUAAUGUCAGUUUUAUCAACAAGGACAUUACCAAUGCCCUCUCCGAUAUUAAAUCUGUCACAUUUGAUGCGGUUGCUUUGGACAUGCUGAAUCCACAGGUCGCUUUACCUGUUAUUCUCCAAAAUCUAAAGCAGGGGGCAGUAUGUGCAGCAUAUCUAGCAAAUAUCACGCAGGUCAUCGAUCUCUUGGAAGGAAUCCGCUCAUGCCAGCUGUUCUUAGUAUGUGAGAAGAUAGUGGAGGUCUCCUAUAAGGACUGGCUGGUAGCGCCCUCUGUGCGUAAAGAUGGCUCUAUAUCCCCAAGAGUUGAGCCGGAGAAGAAUAUAGAGUCAGACCCUGAGUACCUGGAACAGCCCGAGAACGAGGAGAGCGACAGUGAUGCCCAAAACCCUUCAGUUGAAAUAAAACCAUUUGGACAAGUACCAUACAUUGCUCGCCCCUUGCCAUGGCAAACUGGCCACACAGCAUUUCUUGUGCAGCUGAGAAAGUUCAAACCAGCACUUAAGUAUUCUGACCCAGAAAAGCCAAGAAGUAUAUAGUGUUUCCUGUAUAUAUUACUUUAUAGGUUUUAUAACUAAUGCUAUUUUAUUUUACUGAACUGUACAUUGAUUUGAAUUUGCUUAAUGGUGUAAAAUAUAAAUAAAUAAAACUGCAGAAAUAAUGUGUAACUCGCUGGAAACUGUUAUGUAACAAUUGCAUGUAUUUUUUGUAAUGUAAAAGCAUGAGAAGGAAGUUGACCUAUUCCUCGCUGCUUGUAAACCAUUCCAUGGACCUGUCUUGAUAGAUAAGGCAUUUUCUCAUUCCAGAUUUUGUUUGACUACCUACAAAAUAUUAAC